GUAAGGAGGGCCGCUGACGAUCUGAAAGCUCCAUACCCACCGUGGGGUUUAACAUGAAACGGGUUCAGAAAGGCCAUGUAACACUGAAAUGCUGGGACCUGGGAGGCCAGCCUCGAUUCCGAACCAUGUGGGAGCGAUAUUGUCGAGGGGUGAAUGCAAUCGUAUUCAUCGUCGACUCGGCCGAUCGCGCAGCCUUGCCAGUCGCCAAGGAAGAACUCCAGCUGUUGUUGGAGAAACCCACGCUCGACGGCAUACCGCUACUCGUCCUUGGCAACAAAUCCGAUCUGCUCGACCAUAUGAGCGUGGAUGAGUUGAUUGCGGCCCUGGACCUCAAGACCAUCUCGCAUCGAGAGGUGAGCUGCUACGGCAUUAGCGCCCUAGAGGAGACGAACUUGGAUCACGUACUCAACUGGCUGAUUGCUCGAGCAAGCCAUUGAACGAUUCACCCCGCCUUGAAAUUCACCAAGACAGCGUCGGUCAGGCGACACUACAAUGAUGUUACGAGCGCAAGCGACGAUGAUCCGGAUACGAUACGAUGGCUUGC